GUUUGCUGCUGAUGGUUGAUGUCCACGGUUGAUGUUCAAGGAUAAAAAAGGGCGGGUAGGGUCAGUAUGGGGAAAUGUUGAUUUUGUAGAAGAUAGAUAAGUCGCGCAGUGCACUUGGAGUGAUUAUUAAGCCUGUUGUUCUUGCUGCUGUAUUGUUGCGCCACAUGUGCACCCCGCCCGCCGUAGACGGGCUUCCUUAAUAAGCGAGGCUCUUCCUCCUCUUCUCUCGCCACGUGAGUCCUCUUGUUCGCUCUCACGCCAGACCCAAGCAGCGAAAGCGAGUCCGUAUAGCAGUGCCAGAGCAUAUAUACCACCCUCCAUUCCGCUGUCUGCCCCUAUUAUUGCUGUUUUUAUUGUUCGCCGCCCGCCGUCUGUUUCCCGCAAACUGGAAAACACCCCGUUUUUAUUCAUUGCCCCUUCGCCAUUUGCGGAGCAAUAUAUUCAUUCUGCUUCCAAUAUCUAUAUCCCCCAGAGAAAGCAGGUGACCUCUUGUCACCUGAUAAAAACCACCAACGGAAUCUUAUAGGAUCCAAAUCCUCGAGGACUACGAGUUUUACCGGUUUUUAAGUUACCCGUCUAGAGAAGAUUUGCCAUCGCGUUGUGAUACAUCGCAAACAAUUUGCCCCCAGGAAACUAUGUCCGAUCAGCAAAUGAACCCUGCAGACGGAUCAACAGGCUCCAACAAGCGCAAGCGUGAAAUGAUGGACGCCGGCGACGGACAGCGUAUGACACGCUCUGCGCAUGGGCAAAACUCCAAUGGAAAUCUCCAUGGAUACGAAACCCAUGGUCUGCCCACAAACACGACUGAGCUCAGCCAAAUCGAUCAACAGCUAUUACAGCAUGUGGGAAAUCAGAAUGGAGUGCCUGACGACAACGCCAUGACGGCCAAGGCUGCUUUGGCCGCGCACAGCCCACAAUCCAAAUACCCUCCGCCAGACCCAAGCUUCGAGAACAAUGCCGCAAUGGCCCACGGUCUCACGUUCACCGAAGAUGUUAAUCAGGUCCCUAUGACCAACGUACAUGGCCAUUCGACCGCUGCGGCCGUCUAUGCGGCGCGCGAAGCGCAGAACAUUAACCCGAAGCCAACGGUCGGGUCUGCGGAAUGGCAUACUAUUCGCAAGAAUAACCAUAAAGAAGUCGAACGCCGCCGCCGCGAAGCAAUUAAUGAAGGCAUCAACGAAAUUGCCAAGAUGGUCCCUGGCUGCGAAAAGGCCAAGGGCUCCAUCCUCCAGCGGGCAAUCCACUACAUCAGCAAACUCCAAGACGAAGCCAAGGACAUGGCUGCGCGCUGGGAUACGGCCAACAUGACCACCAACCACGCGCUGGCGGAGAUUAGUGCGCAGAACACCAAGUUGAAGGGCGAAGUUAAUCGGCGCGGGGAGGUGGCGAGGAAAUGGAUUCAGAGGUGUAGAGAGGCCGGGCUGGAGUUUGAGGAUUAUGAGAUGGAUGAGAAGGAUUUGGGGCUCUUGGAUGUUGAAGGGGGUGGGGAGCCGCAGCAGGUUGGACCGGUCGGACAGGUCGGACAGGUCGGACAGGUCGGUGUUGGGCAGGGGCAGGAGUAAGAGGGGGUAGGAUAAGAGUUGUGGGGGGAGUUGAUAAAAAUGUGGAUUUUUUGAUAUAGUUAUAUGGGGUUGUUGGGAUUUGUUUUUCUCUUCGUCUUGUUCCUCUUCUUCUUUCAUUGUUUCUAUGUUUCGUGGCUCUCUUUCCCUUGUUUUCCAAGUGUGGUGGUUAUACGUGGAUUCUUUUUUAUUUUUCUACCGACCGUCUGUUUUCUUUUGCCCUUUCUCCCCCUUCUAUAAUCACCUCUCCCUUCUUGUUCCUGAUUUGCCUGGGUUCUUUGUUCUAUUUUCUUUUCUAUUCGAUAUUUAUUCUUACUGCGACCCGUUUUUUCCCCGUUUUUUACUCAUUUUUACUCAUUUUUAUUUUUGUUUGGUUUGGUUUUUUCUUAUCGCACAUUUGCAAUUUGUAACGGCUGGCUGGCAUGGAUGAUUAUUGACUUCGACUUUGAAUUUGUUAUUAUUUUAUAUUUAUAUCUAUUUUAUCCUCAUUUCAUUGACUAUUUACUUUGAUUCCUUCGAUUAAUUCAAUUAAUUCAUUUGAUUUAACCUAACUGAGUAGGGGGCGUGAUAUUUUGUCAUUUAUGUUUUAAGCUUCUCUAUCUUCAGCUUUAGCUUUAUUUUUCUUUAGUUAAAUAGUUUUAGCAAAUAGGUUAUGAUAUAUAUUUAUUUUCAAGCUGUGUGUGGAG